UGCUAUUAUAAUUAUCACUUCGUUUAUCAUCAUAAGGAUAAUUGGUAUCUUUGUUUUCAUCUUCAUCAUCAUGUAGAAUGCCCAAAUAUAACUUUUAAAAACUCUUGGUACAUAAUUUCGGUGGAUGGAGAGCCCUGGUACUGGAGCAGAGACACUUGCUCAAGUCUAGGCGGGGACCUAGUUUCCAUUGAAACCCAAGAAGAAUGGAAUUUGAUUAAUGACGAAAUUCAAAGGCGAAACACUACGAACUAUGAAAAUAAAUGGAGAAUUGGUUUAAAAAAAAGGGCUAGGAAUUGGACCUGGGUGAGUGGAAGACCGCUGACUAUUUCCAAGUGGGGACAAGGGGAGCCAAGUGGUGAACAAUACGUGGCUUUCAUGUACAAGAGGUUCCGUAAUGGUGAACGGGGCGUGUUUGGAACUUAUAAUAAUGAAAGUUGGAAAAAACAGCACGCUUAUAUUUGUGAGAUCCCUAAGGAAGAAUCAUUAACAGUAUCAUCACCAACAUGGACAGCAUCACCAACCUACACAGCAUCACCAACCUACACAGCAUCACCAACAUGGACAGCAUCACCAACAUGGACAGCAUCACCAAUAUACACAGCAUCACCAACAUACACAGCAUCACCAACCUACACAGGAUUACCAACAUGGACAGUAUCGACAACAAUGACAGUUUUACCAACACCGACUUCAUUAUCAUCAUCAACAACUGAAGGUAAGACGCAGGACCUUGUUGCAGUCAUUUCUGGCGGAGCUGAGGUGAUUCGAGGACUCAAAGAAAACAUCACAUUGGAUGGCUCACUCUCAUAUGACCCUGAGGCUGCACAUGGUGACCAAUCGGGAAUGAACUUUACAUGGCAUUAUGGUGAGAUUACCAGGAAUUACUCCUCCAUGCAGGGAAGGAAGAGAGACUUCUUUAUUGCGGUAAACGAGUCAGCUUUUCAAUAUAAUAGAAGAGCAUCUGGCGUGCGAGUUUACUUGAAUACAGAGGCUAUUUCUCACAGUGAUAUCUACAUAGCUAGACUGGUUGUGACCAAAGACUAUCGCAAUGCUAGCGCUUAUCAAGUCAUCCAUUUCUCGAAUGGAGAUCCCCCUAAAAUAUAUCAAAGUUGA